GUGGAGGAGGAGGAGGAGGAGGAGGAGAAGAAGAAGAAGGAGAAAUAAGGCUCGCGAAGAAUCGCGGUAGCCACGAUAUAUAAUAGAUAGUAGAAUAGAAUGCUAGUCUUCCCGGGCGGCGGUGUCGAUGUCGGCGUCGUCGUCGCCGUCGCGACGGUGGCAUCAUCGAGGACGAUGGAUUCGUUGGUAUCAGUGUCGGGUAAACAGAUACGUUUGUUUUUGACAAUCCUGAUGAUUUUGGUACCACGAUUACCGUCAGCAGGUUCAACGCCGGCCGAUAUAGUGCAAAGGUUUCAUGACAGCGAAGUCGAGCGUAUGAAUCAUUUGGUGGUUGAUAAGAACACUGGUAGGGUUUACGUUGGUGCAGUUAAUCGUUUGUAUCAACUAUCGCCGGACUUAAAUCCGGUUGUUAAGGUUGUGACAGGACCGCAAGGUGACUCGACUGUUUGCUCGAUGAUCGACUGUCCCCAAGAGACUCAAAAGAAACCGGUGGACAAUGUGAACAAAGCAUUGGUGAUAGAUUAUACGACGACGCGUUUAAUAUCAUGCGGUAUAUUGUUUCAAGGAAUGUGUACCGUACGUAAUCUUCACAAUAUUUCGGACGUUGUACAGGAGGUACGCGAGGCAGUGGUAGCUAACAAUCCAACCGCAUCUACGGUUGCCUUUAUUGCUCCUGGACCACCAAAUCCACCAGUAUCGCAGGUCAUGUACGUUGGCGUUACUUUCACCGGUAAUUCACCUUAUAGAUCGGAAGUACCUGCCGUUAGUUCGAGAUCAUUGGACAAGGACAAGAUGUUGAAUAUUGCCGAAGCCGCUGUCACGACCGGUACAAGGAUGUACGUUAAUUCCCUCUCCCGUGAACGUUAUCCGAUAAAUUAUAUCUACGGUUUUAGCAGCGGCGGUUUCAGUUAUUUCCUUACGACCCAAAUGAAAAAUACCGAUACCGCGAUCUACAUAUCGAAGCUCGUUCGCGUUUGCCACGACGACGAGCAUUAUUAUUCUUAUUCGGAGAUACCGAUCAAUUGUACCAGCGACGUUAAGAUCUAUAAUCUGGUACAGGCCGCUUAUGUCGGUAAAGCUGGUUCCGUUUUGGCCGGCGAUCUUGGUAUAACAGCACAGGACGAUGUUCUAUUUGCUGUUUUCGCUGAGGGCAACGUAACGAGCAGCGAUGUACCCAAACCCGUCUCGGCUCUCUGCGUUUAUUCCCUCAAAGCCAUAAGGAGGAAAUUCAUGACCAAUAUACAGAAAUGUUUCACCGGCGAGGGACAACGCGGCUUGGAGUUCAUCUCGCCUAGUCACAAGUGCAUAUCAACGAAAUUACAAACUAUCGGCGAGGAUUUCUGCGGUUUGGACGUGAACACUCCCCUCGGUGGUGAGGAUCCAAUCGCUGCAUUUCCAGUUUUAACUUUCGAUACUCUAUUGACGGCAGUAGCUGCUACGUCAACCGGUGAUUACACUGUCGUCUUCCUUGGAACUAACAAGGGCCAUCUUAAAAAGGUAGUGGUGGAGAGUUCGAGUUUAGCCCUUGAGUAUGGCGACCUGGCGAUCGACCCUGAUUCACCCGUGAACCCGGACUUGCUCUUCGACUCGCAACUAAUGCACCUGUACGUACUCACGAGGCAGACAGUCUCGAAGGUCAAAGUGCAAGAGUGUUCGGUUUACAAGACUUGCUGGGAUUGCUUGGGUGCUAAGGAUCCUUACUGCGGUUGGUGUUCCUUGGAAAAUAAGUGCAAUUUACGAAGCGACUGUCAAGACGCCGCUAAAGAUCCACUUUAUUGGAUACCUUACAAAAGUGGUAGAUGUACUACAAUAACAUCGGUAACACCUGAUCAACUUCAACGUACCACAGCAAGAACUUUGGAAUUGGUUAUCGAUAAUCUUCCAACAUUGUCCGGACAAUUUCUUUGUGCAUUCUCGGCAUUGGACAAGACAUUGAUAACGAAUGCAUCGAGAAAACCAUAUGGAGUUAAUUGCACAACACCAAGGACCGAUCUUUUACCAUCAAUACCACCUGGCAAACAUCACUUUACCGCUAAACUCUCGGUCCGUAUGACCAACGGGCCAGAUCUCGUUGCAACCGAUUUCACUUUUUUCGAUUGCAACACAUACAGCUCUUGCACUCAAUGCGUAUCCUCGGAUUUCCCUUGCGAUUGGUGCGUCGACGGUCACAGAUGUACACACGAUACGGCUGAGAAUUGUCGUAACGAUAUACUCGUCACUGGUGUCAACAGAAUGGGUCCAAGUUAUAGAAGUGGACCAGGAUUUUGUCCGACUAUCAAUUCUACGGAUUCGCAAGAGAUCCUUGUGUCUUCUGGUAUUAAAAAAGCAAUACGAGUGAAAGUGCAUAUCAUAGGGCAAUUCAUCAUACAAACACGAUUCGUAUGUCAGUUCAAUAUCGAGGGUCGAGUGACCAGUGUAAACGCGAGACUUUUGGCCGAUACAAUCUACUGCGACGAGACAGAAUUUUCUUACACAUCUCGUGCACCAAAUAUCACUGUACCAUUCGCAGUAAUCUGGGGUGGCUCGAAACCUUUAGAUAAUCCUGACAAUAUCCACUUGGUGAUAUACAGAUGUCGUGAUAUGGCGGACAACUGUGGUAUGUGUUUAGCUCUGGCACAGAAAUAUGGCUGCGGAUGGUGUCAGAGUUCGGAUAAAUGCGAGGUCAAGGAUCAGUGCGAUCGUGGUUCAGGUCCGUGGCUGGAUAGAAAUCAAACUUGUCCAAAUCCAGAGAUACAUAUGUUUGAACCACAAAUGGGACCAUGGGAGGGUAACACCAACAUCACGAUACGUGGUAUAAAUCUUGGCAAAACGUUCAAGGACAUCUACGGUGGCGUGACAGUCGCAGGAAUAGUAUGCCAACCAUAUUUCGAAUUAUACAUCCGUACGAAACAGAUAGUCUGUCGCGUCGAUGGUCCAGGCGACUUAAAAGACAGACGCGGUCCUGUAAUCGUCAAGAUCGAAAAUUUCCAUGGUCAAUCGGGUACCGACUACGAGUUCGUAGAUCCAAAAAUAAUUUCUAUAUCACCUAAGUAUGGGCCAUUGAGCGGCGGAACGGUAAUCAAAAUAACUGGACAAUAUAUGAAUGCCGGUAGCAAGAUUCGUGCUUACAUCGACAAGCUUCCUUGUUCGAUAAUAAGCGCAGAACCUAACGAAGCCCUUUGCAUGACCAGCGCCAGCGACAGGAAGAGAAGCGGCACGUUGAACAUGACCUUUGACGGUGGUCAUCGUCUUUACGAUGGUUUCUUCGAGUACGUAGAUGAUCCAACGAUCAAAAGCGUGGAGAGCGGUGUGGCAAGUCAGGUAAAGAUAGCAAAGGGUAUACCAGCCGGUGGUAUAAAGAUCUCAGUAACAGGAAAAAAUCUAGGGUACAUUCAGAGCCCGCAAAUGUACGUCUAUUACGACGAGAAGAUGUUCGUGUCGGAAUGCAAGGUGAUCAGUCAGGAAAGUAUGAUAUGCAAGUCACCUACGAUCGAAGUCCCUGAAAACGUAAUGUUAGAUGCUGAGAAACCUCACCCGUUGGAAUACGGUUUUCGAAUGGAUAAUGUAACCGGCGUACAGAAUCUCACACAGCACGGUUUCAAUUCAUUCCUACUCUAUCCAAAUCCGAUUUACGAUGUCUUCGACGAGGAGGUGAAGUAUUACAAGAGUGAUUACCUGACGAUCAACGGUCAACAUCUGGAUCGAGCUUGUCAAGAGUCUGACGUGGUCGUACAAAUUGGUAAUUCCUUCUGCAACGUAACAUCCUUGUCAAGGCAACAAUUAACCUGUCGACCACCAUUGACCCAACCACCGGCAUUAGACUCUGAAGGACUUCCUAACAAACAAGAAUUGCCAGAGGUGAUAGUGAUCGUAGGCGGUACACUUCGUUAUACAAUUGGAAAGCUCAGUUAUGCUUUGCCAACUGGCUUGAAUGGUCCAUUAUCAAAGCCAGCGCUUAUCGGUGUAAUAGCGGCUAUUGUUAUAUUAGUAUUCGUCUUUAUCGCAUUCCUAAUAGCUUAUAGGCGAAAAUCAACGGAAAGUAACAGAGUAUUGAAGAAUAUGCAAGAACAAAUGGACAUAUUAGAGUUACGUGUAGCUGCUGAAUGUAAAGAAGCUUUCGCCGAAUUACAAACGGAGAUGACCGAUCUUACUGGUGAUUUAACAAGCGGCGGUAUACCGUUCCUCGAUUAUCGCACAUAUGCGAUGAUGAUACUAUUCCCAAGUGAUGACAAUAGUCCGGUACUUCAAUGGGACAGACCAGAAUUGACACGUAAAGAGAAAGGUUUACGUUUGUUCGGUCAAUUGAUAAUGAACAAAACCUUUCUCUUACUUUUCGUUAGAACAUUAGAAAGUAAUCGUUAUUUCUCGAUGAGAGACAGAGUAAAUGUAGCAAGUCUCAUAAUGGUUACCCUUCAAAGUAAGAUGGAAUAUUGUACGGAUAUUCUAAAAACACUUUUAGCGGAUCUAAUUGAAAAGUGUACGGAAGGAAAGAGCCAUCCUAAAUUGUUUUUGAGAAGAACGGAAAGCGUCGCGGAGAAAAUGUUGUCAGCAUGGUUCACCUUCCUACUGUACAAAUUUAUGCGUGAAUGCGCUGGCGAGCCAUUGUACGUACUCUUCAGAGCAGUAAAACAGCAGGUCGACAAAGGUCCGGUCGAUGCGAUCACGUCCGAAGCACGUUACUCCUUGUCCGAAGAGAAAUUGAUCAGACAGUCUAUUGACUUUAAACCAAUGACCGUUUACGUCUCCAUAUCGCAACAAACUGCUUACGUCGGUGGAAUCGAUCCAAAUACGGAAAACGUACCUGUUAAGGUUCUCGACUGCGACACGAUAUCUCAAGUUAAGGAAAAGGCAUUGGAUACCAUUUACAGAGCUACGCCUUACAGCCAAAGACCCAGGAAGGAUGAUUUAGAUCUUGAAUGGCGAACCGGAGCAUCUGGUAGAUUGAUUCUAUACGACGAGGAUACAACAACAAAGACGGAAGGAGAAUGGAAAAAGAGAAAUACUUUGAAUCAUUACAGGGUACCAGAUUCGGCAUCCUUAAAUUUAGUAUCUAAACAAUCCUCGAUUUAUAAUCUAUCAAUCCUUUCGGAAAAAACUGACAAAUCACACAAAUACGAGACAUUGAAUCUGAGUAAAUUUAGUUCGGCUAGUCCGCCAUUAUCACGUGCCACAUCGCCAUUAAAUCAAAAUCACGACGGUGGUAUGAAAUGUUGGCAUCUUGUUAAACAUCAUGAUACGGAUGCAAGGAAGGAGGGCGAUCGUGGUAAUAAAAUGGUCUCAGAAAUCUAUCUAACGAGGUUAUUAGCCACCAAGGGUACAUUACAAAAAUUCGUCGAUGAUCUAUUCGAGACAAUAUUUAGCACUGCCCAUCGAGGUUCGGCGCUUCCUCUUGCUAUUAAAUAUAUGUUUGACUUUAUGGACGAUCAAGCGCUACAACAUGGCAUAUCUGACCCCGAAGUGGUCCAUACAUGGAAAAGUAAUUCUUUGCCCUUAAGGUUUUGGGUUAAUCUAAUUAAAAAUCCAAAUUUCAUCUUCGACAUACACAAGUCAAAUAUCGUCGACUCGUGUCUAUCCGUCGUGGCGCAGACGUUCAUGGAUAGUUGUUCCACGUCGGAUCAUAGAUUAGGUAAGGACUCACCGAGUUCGAAGUUGCUUUAUGCGAAAGACAUUCCAGUGUACAAAGAAUGGGUAGAACGUUACUACUCGGAUAUCAAAGUCAUGCCAGCCAUAUCCGAUCAAGACAUGAACGCUAUGCUUGCCGAAGAAUCGAGGUUACAUACAACGGAAUUCAACACGAAUUGUGCCCUAUACGAACUUUACACAUACGCGGGUAAAUACAACGAACAACUGAUAGUUACUUUGGAGGAGGACGAAUUCUCACAGAAGCAAAGAUUAGCGUACAAGCUUGAACAAGUCCAUAAUAUAAUGGCGGCGGACAACCCCUGAUGUACCAUGAACUCGAUGAAGCAUACGUCGAAGCCCGCACGUCAGGAGUUACCUUGCUGAACGCGUACGAAAUUUAGCUGCUGUGCGUUUCUCCUAAGUAAGAGAGAACACAAGAAGGAAAGAAAUAAAUGAAGAAUAGGAA